AUGUCCGUGGUACGAACGAAAGUCCUGGGCCUAGUGGACGUAAUAAUGCGCGUUCCUAGCCUAUUUAUCAUCGAUGAAAUCCUUAAAAUGGGUAUGGGCGUGCCGAUAGUACAGUCUGUCACUCAACCAACGAACAGCACCAUCACCAUGCAGGAUCCUCCCAUGGCCGCAGUGCUUCCGGAGGAUGAACGGGGGAUGCAGGAUAAUAUCGAAGUAUACAAAUUCUUCUCCUUGGCUAUACUGAAGUUUAUUGUUUGUUUGAUCGGUACCGUCAGUGCUGCGUGUGUUUUCAUGCUGUGGACUCGGCAUUUGGUCAUCGUGUACAUGUACACCGUAUCUGUAGGAUUGAUAUUUCUGUCGUACUGGAGUAAUGUAUCAGCCUUGUCCGUCAUAUCCGACAGUCCCAGUCUGUUGGAAGACAUGCUGUCACUCAACAUGGAACGGCUGCUAGAUCCUGGAGGUGUUUUAAUAUCGAUACUUCCCCAUCUGUUGGCUCAAUGGCUAAUGGGUGUCAUUUUUGCGUAUAUUCAUUUGGGACCAAGGCAAAAGUAUGUCCAAAAAGCACUUCCGUUCAGUUUCCUAUUGCCUCUGCUGCUUGCUAUGCUGCCACUACCCGCAGUGUUUCUUAAACAUUCCCCCGCAUUUGCCGCUAUUCUACCGUUGGUUUUGUCCAAAAUUGCCCUCUGGAGCUCUUCGUUUGAUGUGGUGAAAACGAUUCUUAGCGGGUACCAGCACGCCCGCAACUACGCCGGCACCUUCGGGAUUGCUACGCUCAUCGAAAACGAAUGGCAGCGGUUGAACGUCCCAUGUGUACUUCGCAUGUUUUGGACUAUUCGACUUAUCGAACAUCUCGUCAGUCUGAUGAUGGCGUCGAAAGGACCACUAUAUUUCGCUGCAACCGUUCAAAGUUUGCUCGUCAGCGGAUGCGAAACGCUCACGGCCGUCCUCGGCAUGACAAGCAUUAUUUCGCUGAUUUGCCAUUACAUCGGCAAAAUGUUUCAGCUUUUCCUGCUCUCCGAGGACUACGAUGAAGACAAGUCGAUCGGUACGGUUUCAGCGAUACUUUUCUAUAUUUUAGCGCUACAGACCGGGCUAACUUCCCUAUCACCCGACAAACGCAUCAUUCGGUUGUGUCGCAAUAUGUGCCUGCUAGUAACGGCUUUGUUGCACUUUUUGCACAACAUUGUUGCACCCAUACUAAUGUCACUGAGUGCUGCCCGCAAUCCUUCACGCAAGCGACACGCACGAGCAUUGAUGGUAUGUGCUUUCCUCCUCAUUGCGCCGGGAACGCUUCUUACCGUGCUUUGGGCACGCCAUUCACCUUCCACUUGGUUGCUGGCUGUGACAGCUUUUUCUGUAGAAGUGGUUGUGAAGGUUCUCGUCAGCCUUGCUACGUAUACAUUGUUCCUACUGGAUGCACGACGUCAAACAUUCUGGGAAAAGCUAGAUGAUUACGUUUACUACAUACGCGCAUUUGGCAAUUCUGUAGAAUUCUGCUUUGGAAUUUUUCUCUUUUUCAACGGAGCCUGGAUACUUAUUUUCGAAUCCGAAAUAAUCCCUAUAGGCGGCGCAAUCAGAGCCCUUAUGAUGGGUAUCCAUGCGUACUUCAAUAUCUGGUGCGAGGCCAGAGCCGGCUGGAGUGUGUUUAUGAAACGCCGUACUGCAGUGCAUAAAAUUUCCUCUUUACCGGAAGCAACUCUAGCUCAAUUGCGCCAGUUUGAUGAUGUAUGCGCUAUUUGUUAUCAGGACAUGACAUCAGCUAAAAUCACUCGAUGCAAUCACUACUUCCAUGGUGUUUGCCUUCGAAAGUGGCUGUAUGUGCAGGAUCGUUGCCCCCUGUGUCACGAAAUCAUCAUGAACCAGGACACUAAUCCAGGCGAUGAAAACCCAGAAGAGCAAGCAAAUAAUCCUAAUAAUGCAAUAAUCAACAGGCCACAAGUUGAAAAUACAAACCCAAAUGUUCAGCAGAACGCUAUCGUGCAUUCGUCCGGUCAAACGGAUUCAUUGAACCAACCGAUGUUUGACGAUCAGUUCUUGGAGGAACAAAUCAACGUUAUUGGCCGUGUAAGAGAGCAUAGUGUAGCUGAAAGUCAUACAGCUGGUGAACAGCAAAGCACCCUGGCUACUAAUAGUAGCAGUAGCAGAUCUACAACAGAUACAGGUAGUAUAAGCAGCCGCAGUAGCACAAGUAUUGAUGAAAGCGGAUCAAUAUCGAGUAUGUCGAAUGUAUCGAACAUAUCGCGAACAGAAAUUUUGCUCAACCUCCAUCGACGUCAAGUAUCAUUGCAACGACAACAGCAGCAGCAGGAGCAACAGUCAUCGCACACAGAAUAGCAAGCAGACGCACUGGAUGUAAAGUAACAAGCAGAAAACAACCCCCAUAUUAAGCAACAGUCUCUGUAGUAGAGGCAGUAACUGAAGCAUGAGGGUAUUUUAUGUAAAACAAACUACAAUCGAUGAGAUUUAAAGUAUUUACGAUCUGCAGUAAUGAAUACUACGGUAAUAAGCAAACAAUGAACUACGACUAUCGGUGAUGCAUAUUGAUGGACUGAAAAAGAAAAAAACACCGUGCGACAUAUAGGGUGAGAGAACGUGUGUACAUUUUGAGUAACGAAUAUUUAUAUCAGACUGUUAAUAACGAAGAAAGGAA